CUUCCCUUGUCGGUCUUUACCGCAGUAAGACUUGCUUAGGAGCACUUUAAAAUGUCAAUUAACGCAGGUGAUCGCGCAUCCCAUCUCUAGCGCCAAUUCUCAUCAACCGACGACGUGCAUUGUCGGUUAAGGCGUGAAAGGAACGAACACGAAGGGCUUAGGUGGAGCUAUAGCCUUUGUGAUUUAUGACGUGCCUGGACUGAAGAUGAAGAAGAGUUUGGAUAAUGGCUUCAUCGUUGAAGUCGUGGUCCGACUGUUACUUCUGGCAGUGUUCCUAGUAACAGAGGAGCUGCCCCCUUUCAAACGGGAGAUCCAGCCAGAGGAGCUAUGGCUGUACAAGUUUCAGCAUGUAAAGAACGAUCACGUGCCCACCAAAAUGAUGUUUAGCAUUGCGCUACUGACCCCGCUAGCCGUCAUCUUCUUCUUCGCCUUUCUGAACCGGGCCGAAAAGGGUGACGUGAAGGAGGCUUCACUUGCGGUGACCUUGACCUUGGUGCUGAACGGCGUUUUCACCAACGCAGUCAAACUGGCCGUGGGCAGGCCACGACCUGAUUUCUUCUACCGCUGUUUCCCGGACGGUCAGAUGAACCCUGAGCUGCAGUGCAGCGGUGACCCGGAAGUAGUGAUGGAAGGGAGGAAGAGCUUCCCCAGUGGCCACUCCUCCUUUGCCUUUGCCGGUCUGGGCUUCACCGCCCUCUACCUGGCGGGGAAGCUGCACUGUUUCAGCCCGGCCGGGCGUGGCAGGGCGUGGCGUCUGUGCGCCUUCCUCACGCCGCUUCUCUUCGCCAUCAUGAUCGCUCUCUCCAGAACCUGCGAUUACAAACACCACUGGCAAGAUGUGCUGGUGGGAUCCCUGAUCGGGAUAGCCUUCUCGUACCUGUGUUAUCGACAGCAUUACCCAGCGCUCAGUGAGACAGACUGUCAUCGACCUCUCAGGCUACGGGGGCCAGUCACGGCAGCCCAGGAGCGCAAGCAGGCCAACACCGGCUGCGUUUUGCCGCUAUAGAGACUUCAGACUCUUUCCCCGCGCACCUGUUAUGUAAAAAAAAAAAAAACAAAUA